GGUUGCAGCAUGUCGAGGCGCAAGCAAGCCAAACCGCAGCACAUCAACUCGGACGAACCCGCGUCCACACAAAAUGGCAUUCUUCGAGAUGAUGCAGAGCAGGAGGCAAAUGCGGAAGUAAAGAGGUUCAGAAUGGACCAGACCCGGAUCUGCAACAAGUGCUGUGCCGAAUUCUUCGAUGAAGCCGAAUUUCUUGAGCAUGAAAAUAGCUGCAUCAAAAGCCAGAAAGUGCUCAUCAUGAGAGAUGGUGACUGCAGUGAGGUCCCAGAGGAAUAUUCGCAAGGCUCUCCUGAAGGCGGAGCCAGUGACCAUGAUGAUAGUCGGUCAAGCAUCCAUUCACUAUCUGCUGCGAAUGCCGACCAGAUGGAAAGAACUGAGGAUGAGUCUAACAUCCAAAAAGAGGACCAAGAGGAUAUGUCUGCCAGUUCUGAGACACACUUCCAACAUUCCCCUGAGACGCAGGAUCCAAACACUUUUGAAGCAAUGACUACUGACACUCGAAUUUCUGCCUCCCAGACUUCUUCAAAUGCAACCACUCUACAGUCGCCAGACGCCCUACAGGUCAUCCCCAUGAUCUUGGAACAGUUGGUGUGCCUCCAGCAACAGCAGCUCCAGCAAAUACAGAUUACAGAACAGAUAAGAAUCCAAGUGGCAAUGAUGACUCCACAGGGUCUACGAUCAUCAAUGGCGGCAUCAAUGGACCCCCUGAAAGCCCUUGGCGCCCAUCUCUCCCAGCAGCUGUCUGCUGCAGCAGCCUUGAUUGGAAAAAGGUCUGGUAGUCAGAACCUAUCAAUGGAGGCGGUAAAGCAAGGUAAACCAUCGCUACCCACUGGCAUCCCAAACACUGUGCCUGCAGGACUGAGUGCAAUGAGCUCUAAAAUGGAUGUUUUGAAGGGCAUUCCGGAUAUCACCGGCCGUUUACCAACACUACUACCAGAGUCACCGGGCAUUGUAGGUUUCCCGGGCACCUUCAGCGGUAUCCAAGCAGGGACUGAAUCGAAAAAAAUAAAGGGAAAGUUGCUGAGUCUUCCAGUAGAGUCAAAGAAUGGAGACUCGCUAUACAAGCACAAGUGCAAAUACUGUGGCAAGACCUUCGGCAAUGAUAGUGCUCUCCAGAUUCAUCUGCGCUCACACACUGGUGAGAGGCCCUUCAAAUGCAACAUCUGCGGUAACCGCUUCACGACCAAAGGAAACCUCAAAGUGCAUUUCCAAAGGCACAAAGACAAGUACCCCAACAUCACCAUGAACCCUCAUCCUGUGCCUGAACACCUUGACAGUAUUCCCACCAGCAGCGGUAUACCCUUUGGCAUGUCUGUGCCCAUUGAAGAGUCAAACGAAAUUAAAUCAAUACUUAGUCAUCCUGCUCCGGGGUUCCAUUCUUCAUCAGUCUCUGGAUUCAAGACAUUUGACGGCUUUGGUGGCGACCAGUUUUCCCAAAGACCCUCGCCAUCAACGAGCGAUAGCUCCCCAUCUAUUUCCUCAAAUGCCUUUGGUCAAGAGACCAGUAUGGAUCCGACCCAGAGGGAUGCUAAAGAGCUCCUGGGAACACUGCAUCACAUGAAUGGUAAUGGCAUGUCUGGAGAGCAAAGCUCUGGAACUGCAAAGCUUCAGCAGAUGGUGGACGGCUUGGAAAAAAAGACAAACGACCCCAAUGAGUGCGUCAUCUGCCACAGAAUUCUUAGCUGCCAGAGCUCGUUGAAGAUGCAUUACCGCACACACACCGGGGAGAGGCCAUACAAAUGUAAGAUCUGCGGUCGCGCUUUUUCUACCAAAGGCAAUCUGAAGGCCCAUUAUGGGGUACACAGGGCCAACACGCCUCUUAAAAUGCAGCACUCUUGUCCCAUCUGUCAAAAGAAAUUCACCAAUGCUGUGGUUCUGCAGCAGCACAUUCGCAUGCACAUGGGCGGGCAAAUCCCUAACACUCCAGUGGCUGAAAGUCACUUUGAGGCGGGCGAGUCAAUGGAGUCUUCGCCACCGGCGGAGAAGUCUGUUGACCUUAAUGGUUUUGAAGCAAACAUAGAAGAUCGAGAACCCGAAGUGAAUUCUCAAAAGCCGAACGAGAACUCUGAUUCUCUCCCAUCUGCCACAGAUGAACAGGAGCAUGCUGGCCCAUCAAUGUUUUCUAGCCUUGAUGUUUUGAAGAAUCUCACCUCUGCUCUUGCACUAAAACGACAGAGUAGCACUCCGUCAGAGUGUGAGGGAAUACCCAAAGAAUCCCCAUCUGCCUCCAGAGAGCAGGAAUAUCAGAACGGCUGCAGUCCAGGUGCUUCUGACUCUGCCAUGUCAUUUCAUUCCACUUCUCCUGUGAACAAUACAAGUAGUCUCAAGUCUCCAGAGUGUGCUGUCGAAGAGUUUCCUCUGAUGGGAUCCAAAACAGACCUUGAUGGAUUGACUCAAGAUGGAAUAGAAUCAAGUGGGGCCCUUGACCUGACAGCUUCGAGCAGCUUUACUCCAAAAGCCAUCAAAGAAGAGCCUGCUGUGCCAUUCACACCUGUGGAAUACGCUCCAAGCAACAUGUCUUUCAUGAGGAUCCCUUCUAGUCUGGCUGGCCUGGAGUUGAAGAUCCCUCAAGAGAACCCAAUGGGCACCCACAGUCUGUUCACCUCUCAAAUGCCCCCGGGCGGACCCGUACAUCUGCAAGUCCCCACGGCACCGCGUCGGUCUUCCAAACAGCAUGUUUGUAAUGUCUGCGGAAAGAAUUUCUCUUCUGCCAGCGCCUUACAGAUUCACGAGCGCACUCACACUGGGGAGAAGCCUUUUGCCUGUAACAUCUGUGGCAGGGCAUUCACAACCAAGGGAAAUCUAAAGGUACAUAUUGGUACCCAUAUGUGGAACAACUCCUCAAGACGUGGUCAGCGUCUAUCCUUGGAUAAUCCCAUGGCUCUUAUGGCAAUGAACUCUGAGCCGAAGAUGUUACCAGAAAUGAUGCAAACCCCCAAAGAACUUGCUGCUCCACCUAUGAACUUUGACCCAUCUAUGUGGAACCAGUACACCACCGCCUAUAGUGGUGGCCUGACCAUGAAGACGAAUGAGAUCUCUGUCAUCCAGGGGGGAGGCAUCCCCCUCCCUGGGAGCCCUGCUGGCGGCGCCCCGUUGAUUGGAUCUACUGGAGGCCACAUGAAGAUGGACGCAUCCCACUCUGGCUUGCCUUCCUCUAUGGUCGAAAUUGAAAAAAAUAGCUCUGACAGUGUACCAAAAUCCCAGUUCCCACAUUUCAUGGAGGAGGGGAAAAUUGCAGUCAAUUAA